AUGUCGGACUGGAACGCUGCUGCGGGUGGCGCAGAAUGGGACUCCGGUGCUGGAGCUGCUGGCAAUGCUUGGACUGAUGGCGUUGACGCUGGUGCGAGUGCUGGCGGCGACUUCGGUACUACGAACGGCGAUGCCACUCAGAAAGGAGCUGGAGCUGGAGGGGAUUUCACGUGCCGUCGCUGCGGUGAAGCUGGGCACAUGGCUCGUCAAUGCCCGACCGCUCCCGAAGGUAGUGGCAAUGAUGGCAAAUGUUUCAAUUGUGGCGAAGAAGGCCACUCAAAGGUCGACUGUCCCAACCCUCGUGUGUUCAAAGGGACCUGCCGCAUUUGCGAGAAGGAAGGUCACCCAGCUUCUGAAUGUCCCGACAAACCUCCACCCAAAUGCUUCAACUGCAAGCAGGAAGGGCACCAGACCUCGGAAUGCAAAGCAAAUCGGGUCUUUGACACGUCUCGUGUAGCUGACAUGUCUGCCGAGGAUGCUUGGGAAGCCCUUCAGAAGGCAGAUGAGGAGCGUGAAUUGGAGGAUUUCCGUGAGGUGCGUGGUAACAAAAGAUGCCUUUACAAACGAAACAUUAACUUCUCUCAUCAGGCCUUCAGAGUCUACACCAAGGUAGCUUCCGAUGCCACGUACGAUGAGCUCGAGACGGCAUUUCGUGUUAAUAAUUUCAAUACGUAUCUCAUCGCAACAGAGAACGAGUUACUUAAGACUCAUACAUACGUCAAUCUCCAAGGAGAACUUGACAAGACCUACAAAGUCGGCUUCCAUUUAAGCCCUAAGCCAAAGCGCGAGACCGCGAAGCAAGGAUGGCCAGAGACACCGGAGGAGAAUCUUGAGCGUCUCAAGGAUGCUGGUCUACCCAUGGAGCGUGGUAUUCCGAAGUGCAUACGCUGUGACGAGCUUGGCCACACCGCUCGUGCCUGCCCCGAGGAGGCUGUCGAGAACACAGAUAGGGUCCAAGUCAAGUGCGUGAACUGUGAGGAAGUCGGCCACCGUGCUCGCGACUGCCCUACACCGCGAGUGGAUAGAUUUGCCUGCCGUAAUUGCAAAUGGGACAUUUCAGCAAAGACUGCCCCAAGCCUCGUGACUAUAGCAAAGUCAAGUGUUCUAAUUGUGACCAAAGUAUGUCGACGAGCUUCUUAUGCCUGCACCGAAUUGCACUUCGCUGACAAAAAGGCAGUGGGCCAUACCAAGGUACGAUGCAAGGAGCCAAUAAGAGAAGUUGACGAUGGAGGCUUUGGUGCCGGCGGUGACACAGGCGGUUUCGAUGCCCCGGUCAGUGGUGAAGAUUUUGCCGCUCCGGCCGCCGGAGGAGUAGAUGAGUGGGCUGCUGGCUCUGGAGGAGCGACUGAUGAGUGGGGUACCGCGCCAGCGGCUACGACUGUGGGAGGAGGAGGUCAAGACAACUGGUAG